AUGUCCGCCACCGCCGAUAAGCAGUUCACUGUCCCUCUCCCCACCGCCACUGGUCUUUCGACCCCUGCUGGCCAGCUCAUCAAGGGUGCUACCCAGGAUGAUGGCAAGCUCCGUGAUGCUGCCCUUCUCCUAGGUAUCAAGCUCGACCUUGAGGCCGAGGUCCACCUGACUGCCCGUGUCAAGGGUGAUGUCGUUGUUGGUCUGUACUAG